UCGUUUUAAGACGGAACACAGACUCGGAGUCACCUGCUGUCUGGGGAGCGCUCUGUGUACACGGACACCAGCCAUGAGCAAAGUCACUCUAACGGACGCCCAACCACUGAAAUUACAACAAACUGUCUUUAAAUCUUGUCAUAAAUGCGUGUAUAGGAUCCCUGCUCUUUUCUAUGAAAGAGAAAGUGAAACUCUUCUGGCCUUUGCAGAGCUGCGGAAGGCUGCAGCUGAUUCCAGUGCAAAAGCGCUGGUCAUGAAAACAGGAAAGCUGAAGGAGGAAUCCCCUGAUGUGAAGACAAUUGAGUGGUCAGAGCUCAAGACAGUGGAAGAGGCACAACGUGAUGGACACCGUACUAUGAACCCCUGCCCAGUGUAUGAGGAGAAGAGCAAAACAAUCUUCCUGUUUUUCAUCUGUGUUGAAGGCAAUGUCGAAGAGUGGUGGCAGAUAAGAAAUAACACCAACAAGGCUCGUCUGUGUUACAUCACAAGUAAGGAUCUUGGACAAAGUUGGAGCAAGGCGACAGAUUUGACAGACACACUGGACGAAAUUAAGAACUGGGCCACGCUGGCUGUUGGUCCAGGCCAUGGUCUUCAAAUGAAGGGGGGUAGAUUGAUUGUUCCAGUUUAUGGUUAUGCUAAGAACGAUGCUCCUUAUGCACUCGCCCUGUACAGUGAUGAUUCUGGUAAAAAUUGGCAGUUUGGCAAAAUGCUCCAAACAAAAUCAAUUGAAUGUGGAAUGGCAGAGUUUUUUGAUGAAGUAGACAAAAGCUUCAUCUACUGCAAUGCCCGUAGUCAUGGAGGUUAUCGAGUGGAAGCUGUCAGUGAACUUGAUGGGCAUGAAUUUGCCAAGCUGAGCGGCCCUGCCACGCUUGUUGAAACAGGUAGAGGCUGUCAGGGAAGUGUGGUCUCCUUUCCAGCUCAAAGUGAAGGUCCAAUUACAGAGAGUGACCAAAGCCAGAAUAAGAACAAGUGGCUGCUCUUCACUCACCCAAGCCAUAAGUCCAGAAGGAUUGAUUUAGGAGUGUAUCUGAACAAAUCCCCACAGGAUCCAAAUGCAUGGAGCAAACCCUGGGUCAUUAACCAUGGACCCAGUGGUUACUCAGACCUGGCUUACAUUGAUGAUGGUUGGUUUGCAUUUCUUGUCGAGUGUGGGAAGAAGACAGAACUUGAGCAGAUAGCCUCUGUGGUUGUUAGCUACAAGGACAUCAAGCAUGGCAUUGGAGAGUAACUGACAUGAUGCCUUUCUCUGUCGUUACAUUCUAACUUCCACACAUGAGACGUCAAAGUAACCUGCCGUUCAAUACAAAUAAUAAUACUGCACUUACAUCCUAUUUACAGCUGAUGAAUAUAUUAAGUGUUGUGUUAAGUUGCUAAGUUAUAUUUGCAUGCUCUAUCCUUUAAAAUCAUUAACAGCCAUGUGAAAAUACAGUUAACUUGAAGUUGCUUACAUUUACAUUUUUAUUUUGAUCUCACCUCUAAUAACCAUGAAAAGUAUGCAUGAUACUCUACUGACAUUCUAAAGAGCUGCCAUAUAUACAAAGAGUUUGUGUUUAUGAAAUGUAAAGACUAAAAUAAAUGUGGCGAAUGA